CAACUUCAUCCUCCACCUCCCAUCCACACAUUCACUCAUUCACUACAUAGCACUUUUCCCAUAGCACCAAUGAUCGCUUCGAGCAAGGUUGUCAACGCCCCUGCGAGUGUUUACUAUCUCCCGGACUUUAUCACACCUGCAGAGGAACAAGCUUUGAUCGACAAGGUGCUCUCGGCCCCGAAGCCAAAAUGGGUCUACCUAAAGAACCGAAGACUUCAAAAUUGGGGUGGUAUUGUAAAUGAGAAGGGAAUGAUUGCGGAAUUGUUGCCUUGCUGGCUCUCGGAUAUGUUUCCUAGAUUUCAGGAAGCAGGGGUUUUUGAUGGCCUGGAUGCCACAAAACGCGUCCCCAACCAUUGCUUUGUGAAUGAAUAUCUAGCGGGUCAAGGCAUCAUGCCUCAUAAAGAUGGUCCCGCAUACCUGCCUACGGUCGCUACAGUGUCACUCUCCUCGCACUGCGUACUCGAGUUUUAUAAAGUUCCAGACAAGGCCGAGAAGCUAAUGGAUGAUGGAUCGUUAUCUUUGUCAGUCGGAGAUAACCAUCAGGGCCAAGAACCUGAGUUUUCGCUUCUCGUUCAGCCGAGAUCGCUGUUGGUGCUUAAGGAGGACGUUUACAACAAGUAUAUGCAUGGAAUCCGGGAGACCACCUUGGAUGAUUUGCGCAAGGGCAAUAUCUUGAACCUCGCGGAGGCUCUUCCUAAUGGCAUUCCGGACGACUGCAGUACUUUGGAGCGAGGCACCAGAAUAUCACUGACUUUCAGAAUCGUACAAAAAACUUUAUCAACCAAGAACAUCUUCAUUCGCCGCUAGAAACCAAUUCAAGGCCAUUACGCUUAAGGGUUAUAGUCUUUGGAUCUCAAUAAAUACUACCACGGCGGCA